AUUUGGCGCCAUCCUUGGUUUGGUGCAGGGUGUCUCCAUGUUAGGUGGUUUCUUUCCUUAAGCUUAGAAUUAGUGUUUGCUAAAAAUAAACGAUUGUCUGCGCACAGUUUUAGCACACGGUCACCAUUAUCGGUUCACUGAGUCGGAAUACUAAAAUACCCACCUAAAUGUCUUUCUGUUUGGUUUAAGCUACCUACUUGGGCAUUGAAGUCACCUGUUACGAGUACUACGUCUGUGCGUUUAGCUUUCCGAAGAAGUUCAGAGAGCUUUCCGUAAAGGUGAUCUUUCACUUCAGCCGGGAUACAGUCAGUAGGAGCGUAAGAAGAAAUGACGUGUGUCUCUAUCUUUCCGAGUUCUUACGAAGCCGUUUAACCGAACAGCACAUAGACGACUGUUAACGGAGAUCCAUUCCAAUAGUGCUUGUUCUUCCCUCGUACUUAAUGCUAUGCAUACACCCGCCAGUUCACGAGAAUUAGCCAUCGGGUCACCAGAUACACAGAGGGUGUAUCUCGUUGGCUCUCCGUUUUGCCGAGGUGAGGUCAAGUGAAUGACCACACUAGGAUUCUGUAUGCAUGUAUCAAAGGCACUGCAUGCAUCAAUGGUACGAAAUUCUAGGGCUUUAGCCAAGGAGGCUUGCUCACCGAUUUGACAUAGGGUGGUGCGUAUGUUAAAGACUCCAGUGUGUAGUUUGGAGCGAGGUUUCAGUAGACCUGAGACAGCGUUUUGCGCACUAGAAUGGUUGGCCAUGGUGACACUUGCGGAGGAAGCCAAAUGAGGAAGUUUAGUGUUAAGAGUCGAUGUAGGAGGAAUAGUAGGAAUUGAAGAGGGAGAUUGAUUAUGAAUACGGUGAUCUCAAGUGCUGUUAGAGUUAUGAGGGCGGUUAUCACUCCCCGGUUGCCCACACUGUGGAAGGGAUCUUUUGGAGGUACCUGAAAAGGAAAUUGGGUUAGAGGUGGUCUUAGUGACCUGAGAGCGUGAUCGCAGUACCCAACCAGUGCUUGAGGUUGGUCACUUACGAACUUUUUAUGAGUAGUUUUUGUAUUAGCUCCGUGCUUGUUGAGACCCUACUGCCGGAGACGGAUAUCCGUGAGAUAGGGCGAGGUGUGCAUUUUUAGGGUCGACCUUUUCUAACCCCACUCUUCCUUGUGGGAAGGCAGCAUCACUGUUAUUCUGGUUGUCAGAAGGAAACACCUUACUGCCGUCACACCUCCAUACAGUCAGCAGUACAACUUCGCCUUCGGACAUUGGGUUUGCUGCUUUUAGUCUUACCGUUCUUCAACCAACCUGUCUGGCAUGAUAGGACCUUGAGGAACGAUCGUUCCAGCUAAUAUAACUCGAUUGGUUCAUUACGAUAGGCAAGCCCGAUCACCACAUCAUGGUAGCAGCAACGGUCGGGUAAAAAAUAUGAACGGUAAAGGAGUCGAAAUCGUUAUAGUAGCAAUGACAAUGAGAUAGAAUAAACUAAAGAAUAUGGUUCAAGAUGUAAGGGAAAAGUGUGUUUAAUGAUACUAGAACUCAUAAUAUAGGGGAAGAUAAAGAGUAAAUGUAUUUGCACUACCAUGAUCGAUCUUAAGUCAUUUAACUCUACGUCUCCAACCACUGGUUGUUGUUAAUGCAUGAACCCAAAUCAAGCAGUCUGAACCUGGCAACAUGAAGCAAACCAACAGUCAUUGACUCAGUCAGUCAGUAUCAACGUAGGACUUCGUACGUACGUACAUCAGUUCGAGUUGCCACAUCACAUUAGCACAGAGAUGCAGUGGUCAAUUCAAAUCCCGUAGUGGUAGAGGUAAUGAGAGUCUUAGCAGUAGUCGGGAAGAUUAGUGUUUGGAGAUGUUAUUUAAAGAGUAUAAUACAGUGAAAUAAACUUGGGAAGAGAAAAAAAGAGACAAGGGGGAAUCAGGAGAUCAAAAUUUGGGAGAACACAAAGAAUGGAUGCACCUGCGCCAUUGCAAACGAUUUUGAGCCAUGUCAUUCAGGGUCUCUAACCAUCGGUUGCUAUCAUCUCACGGUCCCCAACCAGGUAGUCUACACCUACCGACAUGACUCAGACCACUUGUCAAUGACUUCAUGGACUUGUGCCAUGUUUUGGUCUGGCCGCCCCUAGCUUUCUUCCAAUCUACUCCUAUACCACUGAACAUCACACGUCGAGGCAGUCGGUUGUUGGGCAUACGUAACACAUGUCCCAGCCACCUCAACUGAAGUUUCACCACGUCAUCAAUUGAUUUGCCAUCCUUACCUAGUACCCGUUUCCUAACAACUGCGUUACUCACUCGAUGGUCCCAGGAUAUACGAGCAAUAUUUCGAAGACACCUAUGAUAAAAUACUAGUAACCUACGGAUAUCCUCUAUUCUUACCGGCCAUGUUUCACUGCCAUAAAGUAGGACGGAACGAACUGCUACGCAGUGAACCCGUCCUUUGGUUGAUAGGCGAGAUAUCCGUCUAUCAACCAAAGGACUUCAUGGGCUGAUAUCACCUUUUGGUCUGGUCACUUAUGUUUCGUCUAAUUUACUCCUGCUCCAACCGACAUUGUGGGCGUUGGUUUGUGAUUCAUAACAUUUGUCGUAGUCACCUCAAUUGAUGAAGAUUCUUAGCCUCAUCAUCCGAUUCACCUUUUUCCCUAGUACCCUAAGUCUAACCUCAAUAUUACUUACCCCGUCAUCAUGUGAUGUGGAAGCAAUGCCUCAAAGACAUUUAUGUUCAAUAGCCUGAAGCCUAUCCAUGUCUUCUGCCCUUGUAGAAUAUGUUUUAUAUAGAGCGGACUGCUGCACAGUGUACUCGCCCCUCGGUUAACAGACUGACAUCUCAUCUACGUCACAAGUAACACAAGUUAUCGAAAGCUAGACGAAAUUAUUGAUGACAAAUAUUUAUGUUUUCAGCUAUUGCUUUGUGAUUUCUGUUAAUGUGAUGAACUACAGGACGUUUGCCAGAUUCUUCGUUCAGUAACAUCUAAUUUGAUUUCUUUUUGAUGUCAUACAUCGACUUUAAGGAAACUGGUACAAUCACCAUACAUUUGUAUGAUUUGAAUCAUGCUAAGUAUGUACAGAUAAACUAGUGAAUGAAAAACCAAGAGAUUUUAUUUCAAGCAAUACUCUGUUCUGAAUUUUGCAUAUAAAUUUCACACUUUCAUGGUCUUAUUUGUCACAAUGGUCUUGGUUAAUAUUCAGUAAUUAUCAACUUGGUUUUUCUUCUGCAGUUGUCGCCUCUCAACAUGCAAAUUGUCGCUGAAAUCACUGCAUACACUCGGAUUCCAAAAGUGGAGCUUGCUCGGAUGUUGCAAAAACGUCCAUAUGAUUAUAUUAUGGCCACUUAUAUGAUAAUGGAAUCAGUUUUGGAGGAGGAGGAUGUGUUUAUCCGACUUCAACGCCGCAUUAAUCCACCCCCUAGUGCAGCAGUACCAUCUAAGAAGCUUCAUACACUUUCUUGUCGUCAAAUUCGAGAUGAAAAAUUUUCAGCUUCAGCCCCCAGUAGUACCCCACUACACCGUGGAAACGUGACUGUUCCAUCAUCGGUACCCGGAGCUCCUUUGCAUGUUAGAUCUGGCAACUUAAUCCAAGCUGCUUUUAUUGAUGAAUCCAGUACUUCUGAUUUACUUAUCGAAGCUGAUAAAAGUACCAAGCUCAAUUCAUCUUUCUCUCCAUCUAAACGUGAUAUUUUUCCAACUCAAAAUAAACACAGAACUGGUCAUACCAAAAGCGAAAUCGAAAAUUGUCCUCCUCAGUUCUUUUACCCUGAUAUGGUUCCAGUGAAUAAAAUGAUCCCUCAAUCUCGAGGUAAAGUUGCAGAUCAUCCUGGUCUAUCUCCCAGUCGUUCCGUUGACUCUCAGCUCAUCAGUUUGACUCAUGAUUUUCACAAUGCGCAAUUGACUGAAAAGAGACGUCCUAUUUCGGUAACUGAGGCUACUAGUGAGGAUAACUUAUCUACCGCUUACUCAUCGUUGUCAUCGCAAUUACAGCAUGAAAUAGCAUCUCUCCACUCAAGUCCUGGCCUCGCCGGUGAUGACUUCUCACAAUCCCAAAGUUCAGCUGAUGAAUGUGGAACCAAUUCAAGUCGUUUUCCUGAAGUUAGUAGUUGGCGCAAUUUCGGGCGUCUACGAAAAGCUCUUACUCCAAAAAACGUCGUGCCAGAUGGUCGACUUGUUGUGGAUCGGUUACGAAAAACGCGUCAUUUAAACAAUGUGUUAAUUGUACGAAACGACUUGAGUCCUGGUCAGGUGUUUGAUCAAAUAACUGCAGCAUUAAAGCAACAGUCUAUACGCUUUACUCUUAAAGGAUCUGGCUUCCUGUGCGUUUUCGCCAAUGAUUGGGGAAAAACUGUGCUAUCAUUCGAACUGGAACUGGUUUAUGUUUCAGCCAGGGCAGUCGAAGCUUCAGUUCGGCGUCGAAUGACUUUAAAAUCAACGUCACCAGCAGCCCCCAUGGUUCCUGCGCAUUCAAGUGAAAUUUCAAACCAUCCUGGGAUGGCUACCAAUACAUCGACUUCUUCUAAAGGUUCCUCCCGUCUACCUUCAAAUUCUCGCGACCAGCAUGAUCGAAUGCUUGGAAUAAAGAUGAAACGUAUUCGUGGUGACUCAUUCAUGUACACCAGCUUAUGUCGUACUAUUCUUGACUUAGCUGGUUUGCGACCAGAAAAUUAAGAUCUUUUUUUACAAUUCUGACAAACCCGUCAAUCUAUUCCCCAAGCGUUUGUGAUAGAACAAUUAACACAUCUAGAUGAAUGCAAUGAAUAUUAUGCUAACAAUAAAUGCUAAUGAUUUCAUA